AUGCACAGGAAAACAUCUUGGCCAAGUGGAGUAUGGCUCGUUUUGCUUUGCAUUGCUCUGGUUGGUUCCUCUGCUCAGAAACAUCCAAAGAGUCAACAUGACGGACACUCACAUGAGAAGAUACACAGCACGAAAAAGUACUGUGAACCUUCCUUCAGCAACCAAACAAAGUGCGGCUCUGGCUUCUACAGAGAACGAACUGGACCAUACCGGGGUCAGUGUGCGCCAUGUCGCUGCAACGGACUCUCCGAUGAGUGUGAUGAGCAAACAGGGAACUGUGUGAACUGUCCAUUCAACACCACCGGUAAUCGCUGCCAACGCUGUAAAGAGGGUUACUAUGGAAACCCCGGCAACAGGACCUGCCAGGCCUGUCCGUGCCCUUUUACAUGGAACAAUUUUGCUUUGGCCUGUCUGGACAUUGGCUCAGGUGUGGUUGAAUGCUUGUGUAAACGCGGUUACAGUGGAUUCAGCUGUGAGAGAUGUGCACAUGGUUACUUUGGUAAUCCACUGGUGCAUGGAGGCAGCUGCAAGCCCUGCAAGUGGGGGGACAGCAACUUGGAUGUUUGUGAUCCUCUAGCUGGAGGCUGUGACAGUUGCACCUAUACUUUACUAAUUGAUUUGGAGAAAACGGAUGAUAGUCUGACUUGGUUGGAGCAGCAGCUGCAGAACAUCAGUCUUGUCUCUGGUUCACACUCAAAUUUGACCAACCUGGAAGCUAACAUCGCUGAUAUAAAGAUUUUGUCAGCGAGCUAUAGCUCUGCUGUGAGACAACUGGAGCCAAAGUCUAAACAGCAGGAAGCAGACGUAAACAUUGUCAGGAACAACUUGAGUCAACUUUUUCACAAGACUCUUCAGUUUGAGUCAGAUCUGGACAAGGUUUUGCAGAAUGUAAAUGGAACAAAGUUGAAGGCUGAUGAACUGCUUCCUAAAGCUGAAUCUCUCUUCACAGCAACACAGGAUUUGAUAAAACGUUUAUCUGAGGUAAAACCCGGAGGAUCCAUUACUCUGUCAGAGAAUGACAGAGUCAGGAUGGUGGAGGAAGCUCAGCGUUUCGUGCAGGAAAUGAGAGGGAGAAGCUGUGCUGCUCAGAGAGGCCGCGCUGGCAGCGAGCAGGAGGAGGCACACACAUUGCUCAUCCAAGCUUCAGACUCUCUGAGGAAACUGGCCAAGCUGCUGUCAGAGGCAGAGGAGAAAUUCAACGCAACUCAGGCCCUAAACCUGAAGAGUCGUGCUGCCCUUCAACAUCUGUGGAUGAAGAAUAAACUGAGCACUCUCCUCCCUGUGACUGAAAUGACUAAAGAUCUGCUACACAACGUUACUGACAUCGUCUUAAUGCUGAAGGACCGUCAACAAGAGUCUGAGAAUCAUGCGGCUCAACUGGAUGGCGCUGGAAGGGAACUCUCCGUGAGACUGAAUAAAUCUUUCCAAAUGAAGAAAAAGUGGGAUGUUGUAAACAGAGCUGAGGAGCAGACGGAGCAGCUUCACAGAGCUGCAGCUGAAUAUCAGCAAGUGUUUAGUAACUCCUUGGACAGUAAUCAAUUACUAAGUGUGCUGCGUAAAGGGGGUUACAACAGCGUCAUAAAUGCCAUAGAAAAGGCAGAAGUGGCUGCAAAUCAGUCCAAAGAGGCAGCUGAUCGAGCCAUAAUGGCAAACCAGGAUCUGGUGAAAAGAAGUAAAGGACUCAAAGAAAGCAUAACUGAUUUACAAACACAAGCCAGCGACACUCAGAGUUAUUUUGACAGACUUUCAUAUACACUGACCACCAGCAAACACCAUGUGACAAGGGAAAAGGAUAAAAGAGAGGCGCUGAAAAUGAGCAUCUCAGCCGUCGGCAGUGACCUCAGAGCGCUGAGAGGAGAUGACAACAAGGUCCUGAUAGAGUCAGCGAAAAUGGCUGCUUCUGUGUCUAAGUCCACAGUCAGAGCACUUACACAGAGAGUGAGGAAUAUCAGCCAAGAAAUGGAAAGACUCACUUUAACCACUGUGAAUAUGGACAAUGUGUUGACUAAUGCAGAGCAGGCAUUGACAAACUUAGAGACAGCUCUUCCUGUGUUGACAAACCGCCUCAGACAAGUUGAGACUCUCAAAGGGAAAGUGGCGCCGAGUGCCAACAUGACAGAAAGCAUCAGAAGAAUCAAGGAUGUGGUAGAUGAGACAAGAACCUUUGUCAACAGGCUUUCCAUUGCCAUGACGUUCAAUGGGAAAAGUCACGUCGAGCUUCCUCCUCCGAGAAUCCUCGAGGACAUAAAACCGUUUACAUCUGUCGAUUUGCUUCUAAACCGCCAUCAAAACAACCCCCCAAAGGCCGACCGCAGGCGAAGGCAACGGCAGGGCGAUCAAAGAGAUGCCAACCUCUUUGUUUUCUACCUGGGCAACAAGGAUGUCUCUGGAGACUACAUUGGGAUGGCAAUCAGGGACAAUGUGUUGAUUUGUGUUUUCAAGUUGGGAGACGUCGUCCAUGAGGUGGAAACCAGUCCAAUAACAAGAAGCACCAAUUUAAAUUCAUCAUACUUUGACAGGAUUGUUUUUCACAGAGUUUACCGAGAUGCUGAAGUGAUCAUCAUACGCAACUUCACAUCACAACAACCCGUCAGACUCGCUCCCAUACGCCACCUGUCAAACACAGUGACGAGCGUCCUCCACCUGGAUCCAGACAGUGUUGUUUUCUACGUGGGUGGUCAUCCUGACGACUUUACGCCUCCACUGGAGCUGCGUUACUCCAGUUUCAGAGGAGCAAUGAAACUGUCGUACAUCAACGAUAAACCCGUGUCUUUGUUCAACUACAAACAUGCUGCCAAUAUGAAUGAAAAGCAGCCUUAUAUCAAGAUUCCCAAAACAGAGGUGUCAGAUUACUAUGAUGGGACAGGUUACCGCAUGGCAUUCGUAAAAGAGCCAGAGAAGAAAAGGAGAAGAUUAUUCAAAUUUCACACCAACAGCAGAGAGGCAGAGGCUUUGUUAUUCUACAUUGGAAAUGAAGCGUCGUUUCUUUGUGCGUUUGUGGAGCGAGGCUUCCUGGUGCUUCAGGCUCGACAAGCAGGUCGCGAGCGCAGAGCUCAGAGUGCUGAAAAGAUUACUCUAUUUGACAAAGCUUUUAUAAUCACCGUCGCAGAACAAUUCACUGUUCAUUAUGGACAACAAAGCAUUUCCACAGAGCACAUUCACGCAAACUACACGAGUUAUUAUGUCGGGGGUUUGCCUGCACAUCUGAGGCUGAGGCACAACAUCACAGCUCCACCACUGAGAGGAUGUGUCGAUCACGUGACGGCAGACGCUGAGAUCAUCGAGUACAACAGGACGUUGGGCGUCGCUGAUGGAUGUCCACAUUCACUACUGGGUGUCCGUACAGCUACAUUGUACUCAGCUCUGCCUCUUGAUUCCCUGUUUGUCUGGGACGAGCGGCCGGUCACAGUCUCUCUGGGUUUCAGGACCACAGACAGAGAUGGAACUCUUGUCAGGAGCAGAUCUCAGGGUUCCUCUGCCUAUGGCCUUCACUUGUCCCUGAGUGAUGGUUAUGUGGUAUUUAACAGCAACAAUUACAGCUUGAAGUCUGAUGAGAGAUACAGUGAUGGAAAAUGGCACUAUCUGUCUGCAGUGAAGACGCCAAAAGGGUUGGAGCUCAGUGUUGAUAAUAUAAAAGCAGCUCAGGCACCGUUACACCAUUUCCGAGCAGUGGAUCAGAAAUCACAAGAGGAGAAAUUCAAAUGCUGCAUCUCUAACCUUUAUAUAAGAAGGCUUGAGCAGAACUUCAUACCUGCUGAUCUAAGCUCUCUUCCUCAAAUGGGAGACAUGCUUGUUGGCCAGUGCAGUCUCCACACGGAGCCAAAGAAGCACCACAACAACAAACAUGUCCAGGGCCCCACAGGCAGCCAGUGUAAACACCAACAGUCCCACCGCGGUGAACACCAGCUCUACGAUGAACACAGCUGGCUCAGUUACUCGCUGCCACAAGAGGAUCUUAAUUACAGGCCUCACUUAUCUGUUGAUGUCAAGACCAAAUCAUCCAAAGGGCUGAUCCUCCAUGUGGCAGGGAGAGGAGCUGUGCCACUGCUGGCUCUGUACGUGGCUAAUGGAAAGAUCAAGAUGUCACUGGGGCAAAACAGACUCAUCCAACACAAGCAAAACAGCAACGACGGGAACUGGCACAGAGUUGAGCUCAGUGUGGAGAAACACACUUUCCAUCUGUUGGUUGAUGGAGUUCGAGUGACCGACGGUCACCUACCAAACGAUGAGGGCUCGUCUUUGGACCUGUCCAACACUGUUUAUCUGGGGAGUGAUCUGAAAAGUAGAACUAUAAAAGGGUACAACAUUCCCAUGAACAGCAUUACCGGCUGCAUACGGGAUUUCAGAAUGAAUAAUGUUGCUGUUGGGGAACCAGAAACAAGCUACAGAACAUUACCCUGCCCUGAUGGGUUCACGGAGAUGGGAACGUACUUUGGUGGUGGUCACAUCAUCUUAGAUAAUUACCUCACCGUCAGCUCCCACUUUGUCUUGUCCUUCGAGCUGCGCCCUCGAUACCUGACAGGUCUUCUCUUUCUCGCUCGAAGUGACAACGCCAGCCUCAGUGUUUACCUAAUGGAAAACAAGGUGGGUGUUGAAGUGAAUAUUGGUAACACUGCUGUCAGUGUCUCUGUGACUCCUCGUAAAAGUCUCUGCAAUGGAAGGUUUCACACGGUUACAGUGUCCAAACAGAAUGACGUUUUCAAAAUAGCCGCGGACGCCACGUCUGAGGAGAAAGCCUUCCCAGUCACAGCCCUGUCACAUGCGACAACACUGAAGUAUCUCCACAUCGGAGGGACCAGAAAUUACAGCCAAGUCCCUGUGUCCUCACCAUUUGUGGGCUGCUUACGAAAAGUGAAGAUCAACGGACGGCCUGUUGUUUUUGAGACAGAAUCCACAUUGACUGAUGCCGUGAGCCUCAGUGGAUGUCCCAAAGGAUAAAGUCAUUACUUUGCGUCAAAGUCAUAUGUGCCACAUGUGUUUGCCUGAAACCACAGAGCCUCAUUUGAUUUUAUACUGAAAAGAAACCAAAUAAAUGUUUAUGUAUAUGA